AUGCGACAGCAGGGGAGAUCGUCUCACGUGGUCGCGCCCACGCCACUGGCACUUUCGCAAGUCUACAAAACGCCGACCUCGUCGCUUCGACAGACAACACUUGCCAGCACCCAGAACUCCACGUCUUCGCGCAGCCGAGUGACCCCGUCGGAGUGGAAUUCGCCACGCACACCGCUGAAACAGGUGCGUUACGACACGAGAGGUCCCGUGGAACUAGACGCCAGCUGGCAUUCCAGGAGUUCAUCGGAGCCUAGUCAGAAUUUUCGACUGGAGGACGCGCUGACUGUCGUAACUCUCCCCGGUUGA